AUGAAAUCUCCGAUUCAAGAGACUUCUCCUCCAAGUGAAGCCGUGCGGAAUGGAUUUGAAAGAACCGAGGGACUCGUGGAUCCGAGUCUCGUGCAGGGCUGUGCGGAAUACUUCUUUGCUCGGAUGGCGGGUACAGUGCCCAUUUUGUCACUCGGUGGCUUCCAGCGACAGGUAGAGUCCAUGAACCAGUGUCUACAUGCAUACUGUCUGGUCACGGCCUUUUGUGCCUUUGUCGUGACUCAGACUGGGUACCCCUCUCACCAUCAGGCCGAACCUUCGGUUGGAUUGGCGCUAUUGGAGGAGGCGACUGUGGCACGAAGACAGCUGGAUCCAUUUUCCGAGUCUGUUCGACGCUCUAUCACCAUUGCAUUUUUGCUAUAUGGGUGUCAUAUUGGUCAAGGGCACCAACGGCGAGCCUACUACUAUCUCAGGGAGGCCACCACAUUAUAUACGGCCGGAAUGCUAGAUGAGGAACACGAUCAGGAUUGGUCGGCUUCCCAUGACCAGCUGUUCUGGCUGCUCCUAAUCUCUGAACGUGCCCACGCCAUUAGGCGCCGGCGUCCCAUCACAUUGCAGAUUGGUCCCAGCAGUCCACCGCUAGCGGACUCUUUGGACCCCUUUACCAUUGGAUUUAACUGUUUGGUCAAGCUUUACCGUCUGUUUGAUAAAUCGUUUCUCGACCUCUGGAAUGGGACUCAGACGACUUGGUCUAGAGAGGCUCUCAUUCAUUUAGAGGAGCAUGUCCAGCGUGCGGUGCCCGUUGACAUUCAGCUCCCAGAUAUCCUCCUCGCGGAUCUUCUUGUCUCCCAGCAGUGGCUCCGAACCAUUAUCUGGCAGCUGGCCACUCGCGCUGGAUUUCUCUCGACCACCCCCAUCCAUCCCUGCCUCGAAUUUAGAUACCCCCUGCAGAUUGCUCGGGAUCUCGCAAUGGCUACCUGGAAGCUGUCGAUGGGCAGCAUGGAAACCCAUGGAGUAGGACUGAUCGAAAAGAUCUUCGAAGUCGCAUGCACCCUCACUGAUGUCAUGGUCUGUGUCUCAACAACGGGGCUUCAAUCCUCUGCCUUUGAGCUGGGCCCGCAGGAUUAUUUAAAGCACUUUUGCUUCCUGAUUGCCACGCUUCCUGGGGGAAGAUCGAGGUUUUUGCCCCUGCUUUUGACAAAAAUCGAGCAGACCACACCUGCUAUGUUAGAGCCUGUUCAGAUGCAUUUGAAUCUCUCGGAAGAAAAUCCCAGUGAUUUACCAGGCGAGGCGAAGAGUCAUGAGAUACACCUGCAAUGUAGGGAAGAAGUCUGA